UCCCGCCCUGGCACAUCCCGGAGUCUAGAUCGUGGGAUUUCCCGAGCCUUUGCCUGAUCCCGGGGCAGUGGGAGCGGCGACCAGACGCGCUGCUAACAGCGGCUCCUCUCCGCUACAUUGUGUCAGUAGCCCCUCGCUGCCUUCAUGAGAAGCCCAAGAUGUCAGGGAAACAUUACAAAGGACCUGAAGUCAGCUGCUGCAUCAAGUACUUCAUAUUCGGCUUUAACAUAAUAUUCUGGUUUUUGGGAGUGGCCUUUCUCGGAGUUGGACUCUGGGCUUGGAAUGAAAAGGGCGUGUUGUCGAAUAUCUCGUCCAUCACGGAUCUCGGGGGCUUUGACCCAGUCUGGUCGUUCCUCGUUGUUGGAGGAGUGAUGUUCAUCCUGGGAUUCGCUGGGUGCAUCGGAGCGCUACGAGAGAACACUUUUCUCCUCAAGUUUUUCUCAGUGUUCCUCGGAGUGAUAUUUUUCCUGGAGCUUACUGCGGGAGUGCUGGCUUUCGUCUUUAAGGACUGGAUUCGAGAUCAGCUCAACCUUUUUAUCAACAAGAACGUUAGAGCCUAUCGAGACGACAUUGACCUCCAAAACCUCAUCGACUUCACGCAGGAGUAUUGGGAAUGCUGUGGGGCCCACGGUGCCGACGACUGGAACCUGAACAUUUACUUCAACUGUACGGACAGCAACACCAGCCGGGAACGCUGCGGCGUUCCCUUCUCCUGCUGCACCAAGGACCCCACCGAGGACGUCAUUAACACCCAGUGUGGGUACGAUGUGAGAAUGAAGGAGGUCCUUGAGCAGCAGAAUUAUAUCUACACUAAAGGAUGCGUCGGGCAGUUUGAGAAGUGGCUGCAGGAGAAUCUGACAGUGGUUGCUGGGAUAUUUAUUGGUAUUGCAUUGUUGCAGAUAUUUGGCAUCUGCCUGUCUCAGAACCUGGUGAGCGACAUUGAAGCGGUGAAGGCCAGCUGGUGACUGGAUGCCCGGCUCCCGACCCAUGGCGGGACGCGGCAUGGGAACAUGCCCACCCUCGGACAGUUAACGGUGCACUGAGCCUCGAGGCGUCCCUGGGGAGGCAUGGAGGGGAGCGACACGCACGGGAAAGAGGCCUCGGUAGAAAUGGCCAUUUCCCCCCUUACUCACCCCCUGCGCUUGCCCCCACUGCCGUCUGGACCUGUGGCCCUGGUGGAAAAUGUGGCGUCGUCGUUCCUAGGAUGGCAGACCGCCCGUGGAGAUUCGGACUGAUGCACCAUCACCGUGCCAAAGAUUCUCCUUUCUUCUCCGCGCUGCUGUGGUGCCAAUAUUCAACACCAUUGCGUUUGAGGAGCGCCCAAGGUCCAUGCGUGCAGACUCGCUCUCUCCUUCCACUGGAGCCCACAGAGGAAACGCCCUUCUCCCUCAGCGGUCCUUCAUAACAUAAAUAUAUAAUUUUUCUCAUCAGAUCAGUAACACAGGACACCAUUGUUGAUCUUGAAUCUGUGUCAGGAACUGUUUAUUGUCCCGCUGAGUUACUCCAGCAUUUUGUAUCUAUCUACUGUUUAUUGUACACGCUGUUUCUACAUUCAGUGUCCACAUCUUAUUUUGGGCAAACGUCACACCUUUGUAUUAAAAUAAUGUCAUAGAAUGGCAAAGAAUCUUGGGGAGAAAGCUGGAAAGAGGUGGCGUGGGACAAAGUAUGCAAGUGAUGGGUGGAUACGGUCAGAGGUGUACAAUUGGCAAUAAGAUGGACACAAAGUG